GCUUUUUUAAAUGAUGAGACACAAGAAAGUUAUGAGUGGGUCUUGCAGCAAACACUGGAUGCAACUAGUUCUGAGCCAAAUGUUUUUAUUAAAAAUGUGUAUAAAAAUACAUAUCACAUAUAUUGUAUUUGGCAUUUGUUCCAAAAUUUGCCAAAAAGACUCAAAUCCAAGCUUGAUCACAUGAAAUUCAAAGAAUUUAUUAAUAAAUUCUGGAAAGCUCGAAAUUCAUUGAGUGUUAAUGUUUUUGAACAACAGUUUCAAGCUUUAAUUGAAAAAUAUCCUAAUGCGCAUGAUUAUUUGUAUAACACUCUUUAUCCAAAUCGACAAUCCUGGGCUUGCGCAUUCAUAAAUAAAAUUUUUACUGCGGGAAUGCAAUCAACACAACACGUUGAAUCAAUUAACGCCUUUAUCCACAAAGAAGUUUCUUCUAGUUCAAGUAUGAUUGAUGUAAUUGAGGCUAUUGAUUUUUGGAUGCAAAAAGAAGCCCUGAAUGCGAGUUUUAUAACAUGGAAAUAUAAGUCAUUAAUAUAUCAUCAACCGUUUAUUAUAGAAAAACUUUUUAAGAUCGGUUCUGCUAUUGAAUUUAAUGAGGAUAAGUUGAAUAUAGAUCAAGAUGAGGCCGUCAAAGAUUAUUAUGACUUCUGGCAAACAUAUUUAAAGACAUUAAUGAAUUCU